AUGGCCGAGUCAGUACAAUAUUACCUUGAGCGUAUGAUCCCUGAGCUUGAGGGGCUCGAGAAGAAGCACAUCUUUUCUCCCGUCGAGAUCAAAUCCAUCAUCAAAAAGAGAACCAACUUUGAAUACGCUUUGCAACGUCGUAUCAAGCAAAAGAUUGAUUUUCUGAGAGCCAUUGAAUACGAAAUCAAUCUCGAGGAGCUUCGUAAAAAGAGAAUUGCUAGGCUAGGCAUUGCUGAUUCUUUGAAGGGUAGCGAUUUGCAGUAUUCUGGUGCUAGACGUAUCUACAACUUGUUUAGAAGAGCCACUAUCAAAUUCAAGAGCGACUUAUCACUUUGGUUACAGUACAUUGAUUACGCUAAAAAGAACAAGGCAAACAACAUUCUUUCCAGUAUCUUUGUCCAAGCUAUCCAAUAUCAUCCCAACAAUGCAUCACUGUGGAUUAUGGCAGCAACGUGGGAGAAUGAACACAAUGCCAACAUGGCAGCAGCUAGAAUUUUACUACAACGUGCCUUGCGUCUAAUGCCAGAAAGCCAGCAAUUAUGGCAUGAAUACUUUCGAUUGGAAUUACUAUACAUUGAAAAAAUCAAGUUGAGAAGACGCAUCUUGGGCAUCGAUCAGGCAAAGAAUCAAGAGGAUUUGGACGCUAUGCAAGUGGACAACCAAGAGGACGACGAUGACAACACGAUCAAUUUGCCUGCUGUCACUGGAGAGGACGUUGCUCAGUGGAAACAGGACGAGGAGAACACCAAAAAGAGCAAGAAAGUGCUAACAAAGGAGGAAGCUGCUGCUUUAGAGGAAGCCAACAACCCCAUUUUGCAAGGCCUCUUGGCCAAGAUCAUCUACGACAAUGCUAUUCAAUCCACUGCAGACAGCAUCCAGUUUCGCCAGCGAUUUGUGGAUAUUUACCGUGAAUUUACAGACACACAAAAGGACAUUGAUUAUGUAUACGACACCAUUCGCCGUGACAUGAUGGACAAUGCUGAGGCUCGUGCCUUUCUUGCAAAGAGCCAUUUGUUUGUAUUCACACAAGUGGAGGAAAGCCAAGAUGAAGAGAAAUCACAGUACAUCUCGGUGUCUGAUCCAGCUUUUGUGCCUGCAUUGAAAAAGUGUGUAGAUGAAUUUGAGAGCGCUUUGGUGGAUGUGCCCCAGCCUGAGAUGUGGGUGCAAUACAUUCAAUUUUUGCUUAGCUGGUAUGCUCUGGUAAGCGAAGAAAACUUGAAAUUAUACCUUGGAAAAUUACUGCAAAAAACAUUCAAAGCAUGCAAGAAGCAAAAUAAGCUUAAUGCUACACUAUACGAAUUAUGGGUUGCACAUUUGAUAGAGCAAGAGGACCAAGAAAAGGCCGAGAGUGUCGUUUCGCAAGGACUGGAUUCACACCCUGACGAUGCUGCAUUGUGGAUUUACUGUAUUCAACUAGCCCGAGACGAUCCCAAAGAACAACGCGAAUUGUACGCUACUGCAUUAGAUUAUAACCCAGCAUCACUGUUACUAUGGAACUCUUACAAGGAUUGGAUUGUUUCGUCAUCUCAUCUUUCAAUUGAGGAGACAGACAAGCUGUUCUUCCAAGCUUGCGAAAAGGCUACUAUCCUGUUGCCCUCUGUUACAAGCGAGUCUGCCGAUCGCAAUGGUAUCAAGCAAAUGUUACAAUCGGCGUAUGUGCAAUGGGCUGCUGUAUCACAAGGCAUCGAAGCUGCUCGCACAGUCUACAAGAAGAUCGUCAAGAGCUUUUACCCAACAUACACAUUCUUUAUCAAGUGCAUUGAAAUUGAAAACGAAUAUGGCAGUGCAGAUGUGGCAGGUCAAGAGAGUGUCGAGUAUUUGUAUGAUAGAACCACGCGUUUAGAAGAUGAUAAAGAAGGAUCAUACGUAUCUUAUCUUGCUUACCUUUAUUCUCAAAAGAAGUUUCAAAAGGCCAACCAAGUGUAUAAUAGAGCAUGUAAAGAAGUCUCAAAUAAGGAUUCAUUUGAUCUGAAAGUGCAAAAACUGAAGGCUUCUCAUCAGACAACAUUGUAA